UAUCAUCCUGACAUAUCCAGUUAACCUGAAAGCAAUGGCGUCAUUACCGCGACUGACGGGAGCUUUACGAGCGUUUGCCAAUGUUAGCAGAGACACAGGAAUAUCACUCACUGAUGAGCAUCAAGAGUUGGUCCGUAAGCGGCAGCUGGCGGCAAAGAAACGGACAGACACGGUCAGCUGGCAGAGACUGACGGAGGUCAUAAACAAAGAAGCUGAUGUGUCAAAAGAGGAAGUGAAAGCUGCUCUCAAAGAACUGACUCAGUACACCAAAUCAAUAGUGGGAUCAGAAGCAGAUUUAGAGACAAUGGAGAGUUCAGCAGCAUUCCUGUUUGAACUUCUGAAGUCAGCUAAUAUUGUUGGGAAAAAAGAGACGACAAAACUUCGACAGAUCUUUGGACCAUUUCCAGCCUCAGCAGCGAGCAAUGCAUGUUCAUUGGUCAACAAGAUAGUGUCAUGGCUACCAGAAAAUACACUAGAUUCCCUUGGUAACCAAGACCGACAAGAAGCUGAUGGAGAAGCUAGUGUCAAGGAGUUUGGGAUGAACAUCAAGUUCGUAGGUCAAAGUCCAGAGUCUUAUUUUGAGGACGAGGACUUUAGUUCUGAUUCUGAUGAAGGUGAGAGGAGAGAGCUGGACCUGAAAUACGUAGCUUCCCCCCAUAAGCCGAUCGCUGCCAAGAGGGAAUCACCUGACAAGGAAAGAUAUGAUGCCUCAUGGCUUCAAAGGGAAGUAAUCAAAUAUUUUCCUGGUGAGGAGAAUUAUCUGGGUAUGAGUAGAGAGGACUUAUGCUCCACCAUAUUUGAUGUUCUAACAGCAUCCAACUCAGACGAAGAACUACAAAAUAAUCUCUUUGAGCUUCUGGGCUUUGACAGAUUUGAACUCAUUCAAAGUUUGAUUCAAAACAAAGGAAAAAUUAUAGAGGGAGCUUUAACUCGCCCAGAGAGCAGUAAACAAACACGAGCCAAAGCUGAUGGAGGAAACAGGCCACCUGUUACCCGGCCCACCUAUGGUUGUCAAGUUACAGUACAGACAGAGGAUGAGAAGCAUCUGAUGAAGAUAAUGAGGAAGGAGGAGAAGAGAGAGAGGAGGAGAGAUGAGGAGGAGGAAGAUGUGGGCUUCCUCUUCAAUCCUCAGCAACUCAGGGCUCAAAGAGAAGCAGCAUUAAAGGCGCCCACUCCAAUGUUCAGUGGGGGUAGGGGAGGUUACACACCCAGAGAGAAAUAUCCGUAUGUAUUCGACUCCAUGGAAGAGGCCAGGCAGUCCUCAGCUUUUAUUGGAGGAGUCAAGAUGGUUUUACCAGACACGUUCACCAGGAAGAGUACUAAGUUGGCCGAGGAGGUCAGGAUCCCCCACACGGAAGCUCAGGCCACGAAUGUAGGGAACCAGAGGGUACAGAUCGCUGACCUAGAUGAUGUUGCUAAGCUAGCAUUCAAGAACACCAAAGCCCUGAAUCGAAUCCAGUCAGUAGUGUUUGAUGCUGCUUACAAGACAAAUGAGAACCUGUUGAUUUGUGCCCCCACUGGUGCCGGGAAGACUAAUAUUGCCAUGUUAACAAUACUUCACGAGAUGAAACAGCACAUCUCACAGGGGGUCAUUAAAAAAGAUGAGUUCAAGAUAAUUUAUGUGGCCCCUAUGAAAGCAUUGGCGGCGGAGAUGGUCCGUAACUUUGGGGGUCGAUUAGAACCACUAGGGAUUGCUGUAAAGGAACUUACGGGCGACAUGCAGUUGUCAAAGUCUGAAAUAAUGAAAACACAGAUGUUGGUGACGACACCGGAGAAGUGGGACGUGGUGACUCGUAAGAGCACUGGGGACGUGGCACUGACCCAGCUGGUCAAGUUACUAAUUAUAGACGAGGUCCAUCUGCUUCACGAUGACCGAGGGUCAGUCAUAGAGAGUUUGGUCGCCAGAACCAUCAGACAGGUGGAGAGCUCCCAGAGUAUGAUUCGUAUCAUUGGUUUAUCUGCCACCCUCCCUAACUACAUUGAUGUGGCCCGAUUCCUUCAUGUCAAUCCUUAUGUAGGACUCUACUUCUUUGAUGGAAGGUUUAGACCAGUUCCUCUCGGACAAACAUUUGUAGGAAUUAAGGCGACCAGUAAAGUUCAGUUUCUGCAGGACAUGAACACGGUUUGUUACGACAAGGUCCUGGAACAAGUCAGGCAGGGUUACCAGGUGAUGGUGUUUGUUCACGCUCGGAACGACACGGUCAGGACGGCCAUGGUCCUCCGAGAAAUCGCCAAAAACAACGGAGAGAUGGGGUUCUUUUCUCCGGAGCAGUCUGCUCAAUACGGGCAGGCCGAAAAAUCAACCCUGAAAUCUCGUAACAAGCAGCUGAAGGAACUGUUCCCAGAUGGUUUUGGAAUUCACCAUGCGGGCAUGCUGAGGCAGGACAGGAACUUAGUGGAGAGAUAUUUCGCGGCAGGACACAUUAAAUGUCUGGUGUGUACGGCCACUCUAGCCUGGGGAGUCAACCUACCCGCACAUGCUGUCAUCAUUAAGGUAAUUCAGAUUAGCAUUUUUUCCUAA